ACCUACCAUAACUAUUACCUACCUACACCAAGCCAAGAUGGCACCUACCACACGCUCUCACAAGUCGCUACCAGCUGAAAAGCCUUCCCCUCAAGCAAUGUUUAUGGAGAUUGUGCAAAAGAUAUCAACAGCCACUCAGCCUACUGAACUUCUUUAUGACAAAAUAGAGCGAGAGGAAGGAGAGCUCCUCUAUCAGUCCCUCGCCACACAGAAGGACGUUGAACAGCGAUCAGCACGACUCACCUACAACGCUUUCCUCAAGAUCCUUCGUAUCGAAGUGAUGCCAACCAGGUUACACGAUGCCCACCAACGCUGGGCAAUCAAUGCCAGCCAGAACUGGGCGAGAGAUGGAACGCUGAAUUCUCAGGAGAGUGAGAUCCUGAAUAUGGGAGUCAGCACGACAUUUGAUGGCUUCACUGGCGUCUAUCAAGGUUCUGCCAAAGAACCAGACUUCUUUUUCCAGAUAGAUAGCAACGACUUCCCCUCUAUCGUCAUUGAGUCCGGAUGGUCAGAAUCAUUCUCGCAUCUACGCGCUGACAAAGACUUAUGGAUAAUGGGUAAUAACUCUGUGACCAUGGUGAUCCUGCUGAAAUGGUCAAGAAUGAGCGGGGGAAAAGUCCGUGGGCAGGCUGAAGUAUGGCAGCGGAAUGCUGGUGGUACCAUCCUAAGUAAUGAGACAUCAAUCUUUCCUGAGCCUUCUGCUACUUCCCCCGACCGGAUCCAGUUCACGAAACGCCAACUGUUCGGCUCAGCAAUGCUUCCUGGCCAGGAUCCAGAUUCCGUUCUAUCUCUUGAAAUGAAUAUGUUGAGACAGAUUGCCGAAGAGGUCAUCACAAGGAAACUUGGUCUGGUACCUGCUUGACUGUUUUGGAGACUAUUUAGUGUCAAAUAGAAGAGCAGAAGACCGAGAGCUCUUUUUCCAGGAUACCUGGAUACUGAAUCAUUUGAUAUUAGCAAUCCUUCA